CGAUAUUCAGCAUUAUGAAACGUUUUUAUAUUCACAACUCUCUAAGAUGAAAACUGGUAUCUUCACUCUUAUAGGCAUUUCCUAUAUGAAUUUGGGUGAGGUUGAGCUUUUUAAGUCCCAAUGGUAUUUGUUCAUUGGAUUUUACAAUAUGAAAUCUCCAAUGACCUUGGUAGUCUUGGUUUUAGCAGCAUGAAGAAAAGGUAGUCCCUCUUUUUCCUCUGCCAUCGUCGCGGUGCGAACAUGACUCUUCACCAUGUCUUCCCACAAGACUUUCAGAAUCAAGCAGUUCCUGGCCAAGAAACAGAAGCAGAAUCGACCUAUUCCUCAAUGGAUUCGGAUGAAAACUGGUAACAAGAUCAGGUACAAUUCCAAGAGGAGGCACUGGAGAAGGACCAAGCUGGGUCUGUAAGGAAAGUCCCAGGCGACGCAUGCGCAUUUGCUGUGAUAGGCUGCGAGGAUCUUGAAUACACAGCAGGUGAAAAGGCACCGCAAAUCUGAAGUCAUGUUUCUUUGAUUAGGGAAUCUGUUCCUCUUCUCUAGCUUCUGUACCUUGUUGCUAACUCAGUAAUAAAUUCUG